AUGGCAGGCCUGAAAUCUAUCAUCUUUGUUGCAUUCCUGCCUCAUCUGAAUGUUGUUCUGGGAUAUACUGACAAUCCACUGUCUGGAGACUGUGUUGACUCUGAGGGACCAAAGUUUAGCCCAGGUCCACAAUGGCCUCAGGGUCCACACCUUACAGGUGGGGUCAGCAUGUUGAAAUUUAGUUGUACAGUUGAAAAUUCAGCUACCUCAAGCUUCAACAUGACCUGGACUAAAGAUGAAGAAAUUCUCAACCCUUCAGACCAUGUCUACUUCGAAAACAGCAAUCAGAUUUUGGAGAUCUGGCCACCCUUGGUGACGUCCGAUGGGGGAAUGUAUGCCUGCACGGUAAUUGACAGUAAUGGUAACAGCUGUACCUACAAAGGAUAUGCGAUAGUUAUCCCGUCGAAUCCUACAGGUGCUCCAAAUAUUGUGGCGACAUCUCCAAUCAAUAAGGUCCAGGUUGUUUCUCUAGGAGAUAGCAUUCAAAUUAGCUGUACUAUGACUGUUGGUUCAACAAGUCUAUUUCUGCACCGAUGGUGGAAUCAUAACGGAACCAAACUGAAUGAUAGCCCUCAUCUCACAUUUCACACUUUGCCUAUUGGAAAGGAUCGAGAGGCAUUGUUCCUGAACAUCACCAAUGUGACAAGUGAGGACUUGGGCGAAUAUACGUGUGUGGCCAAUAACAGUUACGGUACAGAUAACCAAACAAUCACACUUCAGGAAUAUCAACCAGCACCUGGGAAAGUGUUGCCAACAUGGCAGAUUGCUGUAAUAGGAGGUGGAGGAUUUUUAGCAAUCACUGUGCUUGUGGCCGCAAUAGUAAUCAGAGUAAAACAUAGACAUAAUCAGAUAGACUGGCCACCCUUGGAUCCAGAAAAUUAUGAUGUACCUGGCUAUGCAUUGGAGUAUGAUGUUUUCAUAUCCUACAGCAGUGAAGAUGAGGAAUGGGUGAAAAAUGAGCUCUUCAAACAGCUGCUUAGCAUGGGCUACAAUGUUAACAUAGACUUUAAAGAUUUUAUACCAGGGAUGGCUGUUGCAGAAAAUGUCCUGGAUUCCAUAUAUAAAAGCCGAAAGACCAUCGUCCUGAUGUCACGAAAUUUCCUUAAGUCAAUGUGGGGACAGUUUGAAUUGCAGCAAGCACACAACAAAGCUAUUGCACAGAGAAAAGAUGUGCUGAUUCUGAUCAAAUUUGAUAAGUGCAAAGUUCCAGCCAAGCUGAUGGGUAAAACAUUUUUGGACUGGACUGAUGUGGAUAUAAGACCUCACUUUUGGCAGCGACUGCAGGAUGCCAUCGGAGACCCUGUCAACUAUGCAGAAAUUAACCAACGUCCUGCUGCUGACCAACCUCCUGUGGCUGCAGACCAACUUCCUGUUGCUGUUGACCAACUUCCUGUUGUUGGAGAACAACUUCCUGUGAGAAAUCAGGAUAAGAAAAAUACUGAUGAGGUAAAUAUGGACAAUGAAAAUCAGAAAAAUUUAAGGAAGAAAGAGGAUAAGGUCCACAUGAGACCAAAAAAGACAAAGAAAAAACAGAAGAUGGAAGAUCACGGUCAGAUGAUUGCAGAUGACAUGGAAGGGUUAAGGAUCAGUCAAGAGGAAAAGAUGCAGCUCAUUGCUUAA